GGCUGGCAGCAGGCAGCAGAGAGUUGCUGUGCUUUCGCCAGUGGAGGAUCCGAGAGGGGAGAAAGGGCGGCGUCGCUUGUACAAUGCCGAAUAAAACGAAAAAAGACAAGGGCUCCAACAGGAAGACCGGCAACAGCAUCCCGCCGACCACCCAGCUUCUCAAGGGCAAGCAGCCCGGCUCGCAGACACCCAUCAAGAAGGACAAGCGGCAGAGUUCUUCUCGCUUUAGCUUGAGCAACAACCGGGAGCUGCAGAAGCUGCCCGCCUUCAAAGGCUCCUUGCUUGACCCGUUUUCAUUCCGUGCGUGUUCGCUGCCUCCCGAUGGAAACACGUCAGACAGUCUGUCCCGUGGUAUGCUUGGACCCCCUUGAACCGUCGCCGGCAGAUGUGCCCCCAACCGAGCAGGAGAAGCUCUUCAUCCAGAAGCUGCGGCAGUGCUGCGUCCUCUUUGACUUCAUCUCGGACCCGCUGAGCGACCUGAAAUGGAAGGAGGUGAAGCGGGCGGCGCUGAGCGAGAUGGUGGAGUACAUCACGCAUAACCGGAACGUCAUCACCGAGCCAAUCUACCCCGAGGUGGUCCACAUGUUUUCCGUUAAUAUGUUCCGGACGUUGCCGCCAUCGUCCAACCCGACAGGUGCCGAGUUUGACCCGGAGGAAGACGAGCCCACGCUCGAGGCUGCGUGGCCGCAUCUUCAGCUCGUCUACGAAUUCUUUCUACGCUUCUUAGAGUCGACCGACUUUCAACCUAACAUAGCCAAAAAGUACAUUGACCAGAAGUUUGUAAUGCAGCUCCUAGACUUGUUUGACAGCGAAGACCCCAGGGAAAGAGAUUUUUUAAAGACCACCCUGCAUCGCAUCUACGGCAAGUUCCUGGGCCUGCGAGCGUACAUUAGGAAACAAAUUAAUAACAUAUUUUAUAGAUUCAUUUAUGAGACUGAACAUCAUAAUGGAAUUGCUGAACUACUGGAAAUAUUAGGCAGUAUAAUCAAUGGAUUUGCAUUACCCUUGAAAGAAGAACACAAGAUAUUUCUACUGAAAGUUCUGCUGCCGUUACACAAAGUCAAAUCAUUGAGCGUUUACCACCCGCAGCUGGCCUACUGUGUGGUACAGUUCCUAGAAAAGGACAGCACGCUAACAGAACCGACUGUAAUGGCUCUGUUGAAGUACUGGCCGAAGACCCACAGCCCCAAAGAAGUGAUGUUCCUCAACGAGCUGGAGGAGAUCCUGGACGUCAUCGAACCGUCAGAGUUCGUGAAAGUCAUGGAGCCGCUCUUCAGGCAGCUGGCCAAAUGCGUGUCCAGCCCGCACUUUCAGGUGGCCGAGCGAGCGCUGUACUACUGGAACAACGAGUACAUCAUGAGCCUGAUCAGCGACAAUGCUGCCAAGAUCCUGCCUAUCAUGUUCCCCGCGCUCUACCGCAACUCCAAAACCCAUUGGAACAAGACCAUCCACGGCUUGAUUUACAACGCACUGAAGCUUUUCAUGGAGAUGAACCAAAAGCUGUUUGACGACUGUACGCAGCAGUUCAGGGCGGAGAAGAGCAAAGAGAAAGCCAAAUGGAAGGAGCGAGAAGAAGCCUGGCUCAAGAUUGAGAAUCUAGCCAAGUCCAACCCGAAGUUUCUGACGUACACUGACCCACUGGACUGUGGCGGGCCGACAGACAUGGAAACAGACGGGCCGCUGCUAGAUGACGUCGGACUGCUGAAGAAAACGGUCGCCGAGGAGGCUACGCAGCUGCAGAAAGACCACCGGCGAGAGCGGCCGCUGAUGCGAAGGAAAUCGGAGCUGCCCAAGGACAUCUCAACCGUUACAGCCCUGGAGUUGCACCGUAGAGCCGAGGAGAUGUUGACCACGCACGACGGCCACUAACAGGCAACAAAUCCUGCCAUCUUUCGGCCCGGCCUAGCACAAUGCAUCCGUUCAACCCCCCCCACUCACUCCUAAGCUGCACCGGACAAAGCUGCGCUGGGUUGUCACCCAUCACCACCUCCCUUCCGUUUCUUCUCCCUUCCUCUCAGCUUUUGUUUCUGGGGUGCUGUGCUGCCCCCUUAUGGUCAUCUAGCUCAGGUGUUCCAUUCUGUACGUCUCUUUCUAGAUGUCAGGUGCUUUUAUAACAAAACAACAACAAAAACAAUAAAAACAGGAUGUGUCCAGUGUAAUGUAAGAAACUCAUCAUAUGGAAGUUUUCAAUAUACUUUAUAAAGUAUUUAUGGAGGCGGUUAUGCCAACUUCUUUCCAAAUUGUAAAAAAAAAAAAAAAAAAACUUUUUUUUGACAGGUUGAGAGACAGGUUGUUAAGCUUCAAAUUCCUGAGAGAUGCUGCCAUAUGACAUCAGAAUCCACCUGAUAGUCUUCGCUUCUUCCCACAUGUGACCCCUUACCCCCCCUCUUUCACUCAGACCCCCCAGGUAGGGACGACAAUGCUUCACACAGGAGGUAUAUUUGUUUUCAUUUUGUUUUAGAAGAGCUCAAACGCGCCUUUCUUUUUUCGCAGUGCCUUUUUAAAAAGGGGGGAGUUUGAUCUAGUUUAAAUUUAAAUGGAAAGUCCUCCAAAGCACAUGCCUUGCUUAAAAGCCCCCCCAUGCCCCCCGACCCCACCCCCCGAAAAGCGGGGGUCUCUUUAGAGGUGGGGGAGCCACUUGAAUGAACGAAGCGCUUCCUGAUUACACUUGAACGUUAAAAACAAAAACAAAAAACUCGUAAAGAGAUCUUGUCAUGUCUCACCCAUCGUCCAUUUUAACAAGCAACCUCUUGGUUUUGUCUCCACUGCCCACCCAUUGUGCCCCUGACCCACACACCUCCAGACACCCACCAGCACCCUCAACCAUAACGCUGAAUGUGCGAACUGUAAAUAUGAAUGCCCGUCAUCAGUAUUGUCUGGUUGCUGGAUGCUGUUCCCUCUGGAAAAAGGCUUUAAUAACAGCUCCUUUUUGGAGUCUCUCAUGGUUCCACAUAAGCUUUUUUGUCUUUACAGAAUGACUAUUUCAAGUGUCUUUUAAUUAUACGUCUCAUACUAAAUGGCUUGUACAUAUGAUGUACUAUUAUUAUUUUGUGUUACAAAUAAAUGUUUAGAGUUCA